UGCGGUGCUUGAGUCUAGAAAGGUGUUUCUUGCUGCCUUCUAGGAGAAGAAAAGACUUUGUACAAGUUGUAUUUCAGUGCAAACAGCCUAAUGUUGGAAAUGUGGCCAUAUGUAGUCAGACUUAAAACUCUCCCAAGAGGAGGUGACUUCCAAGCAGUCUUUGUUUUGAAGAGAAUUCCUAGCAGAGAUGCUCCCUGGGAGAAGAAGUGGGUAACUGUGGGUGACACAUCCCUUAGGAUAUUUAAAUGGGUGCCAGUAGCUGACAGCAAAGAGAAGGAGAAAUCAAAAUCAAAUAAUUCAGCAGCCCGAGAACCUAAUGGUUUUCCUUCUGACGCCUCUGCCAACUCUUCUCUCCUUCUGGAAUUCCAAGAUGAGAACAGCAACCAGAGCUCCAUGUCUGAUGUCUAUCAGCUCAAGGUGGACAGCAGCACUAACUCGAGCCCCAGCCCCCAGCAGAGUGAGUCACUGAGCCCAGCGCACACCUCAGAUUUCCGAACAGAUGAUUCCCAGCCACCCACAUUAGGCCAAGAGAUCCUUGAGGAACCAUCCCUGCCUGCUUCUGAAGUGGCUGAUGAACCUCCCACCCUCACCAAGGAAGAACCCGUCCCACUGGAGACACAGGCUGCAGAGGACGAAGAGGAUUCAGGUGCCCCACCACUAAAGCGUUUCUGUGUGGAGCAGUCUGCCGUGCUGCAGGCGGCGUCAGAAAGCUAGCGACGCCCUGGUGCCCCUGCCCGCUUGGCCCCUAGUCUCUAUUUAUUGAAUUCUGGUCCUGGCUGUGCUGUGUUGCUGGGGUGAAGGCAAGCAUUGGGGUCCGGAGACUGCGUGUCUCAGCCCCGGGGCUGAAAGGCCUCAGGAGGGAAGGUGGCCAGAGGGACGUGGGGUGUGGCGGCAUCUUUGUGUCCCUGGUACCUGUCUGCUUGCUCCUAGGAAGAGGGCUGCUUCUCCCCCUCUGCUUUCCUUAGGGGACUCAAGCUGCAAGUGGUUGGCCCCAGGAGUUCCGCAAGCACUGGGUUCUGGGAAUCCCCAGAGCACCCGGGCCUCCAAGUGGAGUUCUCGCCUCUUGGGUGUCAGGCCCUGCCCCUGCCUUUUUGUAGCCAAGCCCAGAGCAUCAGCCGUCAUCCCUAGUUGUGUGGCCUCUGCUCCUUGGGCUGACCUGCUAGGCCAGCGAGUAUAGUGCCGAGAGGGCUAAGUGCCCUGUAGAGACACAGCACUUCAGGGGAUCCUAGCGACCCUUGUUGGGGCUGUGGACAAAGCCCAUAAGCUGGCGACCUCUCCCGGCAAGGGCAAGAGUGAGCCCUUCAGCCUCAGGUAGGAGUGGGGCUGGGGCUGGCAUUGGAGAGGAGAGGGUCAGGAUUGCGUGCCAUGGCCUAGUGGAGGCUUCUUUACCACCUGAUUGAGCUUGGAAGUGGAUCACAUGGAUUUCCAUUUGCCUGGGCCCUUGUGCCUCUUCCUCAAUUGUCUCCCAUUGAGCUCUCCCCCGGCUGCUCUCUUCCUCUAACUCCCCUUCCUCACACACCCCCCUUUCCUGCUGUCCCCUCCCUUCUGGUGUGGCCCCUGUCCCAGUCCUGGGUCAGCACUGCUGCUAAAGCUUACGUCCCAGCAAGAGUGUGAGGUUCUGGGAACACCAAACCCAAUUCCUCUUCAGCUCAGACUUUCUGGAAAGUUUUCUUUUCUUUGAAAUCUGCAUGUUGAAUCGAACUUUGUGAUAUUAUUUUUUGUUUUAAAAAAGAAGUUUAAGAAAAUUGAAAUGGGCGACUAUGAGUGAAGACAUAUUUUAGCACUGAAUAGAAUAUUUUUAAAAUUAAACUAUUUGAAAUACA